AAAGGCGUAUCCAGGAAGAGAGCCGUUACACUUUCCUGUAAUGGCGGACCAGGCAGAGAGCGAGUCUAUCGGAUACGGUGAUAACAGUUUGAACUUCAUCAGGACAUGCCUAAAUGCAAAGUUGCUGCCUUCUGAUCGGCUGAGUAGAUUUUUGUCUUAACAAGCAGUUGAACAGGAGUACCUAAUAUAAUGGCUGAAUGGUGCAACAGGCAGUGCGCUUCCGCAGCCCUGCCCCUGGUCCCAUACCUGGUUCAGCACCUGGUCCUGUGCCGGGCCCUACACCUCCGCCCGUCCAGACUCCAGUGUUACGAGGACCUCCACCUCUCCUUAGGCCGCCACCGCCUCCCUUUGGGAUGAUGAGGGGACCUCCACCUCGACCUCCUUAUGCACGUCCUCCCUUUGACCCCAACAUGCCGCCCAUUCCCCCUCCUGGAGGCAUGCCACCACCUAUUGGACCUCCUCACUUACAGAGACCCCCAUUCCUUCCCCCUCCCAUUAGCAACAUGCCACCGCCUCCAGGGAUGCUGUUUCCUCCUGGUAUGCCUCCUGCUCCUACUACAGGAUCCCCUGCCCUUAACCCUGCUGAGGAGAUCUGGGUGGAGAACAAGGCGUCAGAAGGAAAGGCUUAUUACUACAACGCAAGGACCCGGGAGUCAUCGUGGUCGAAACCAGAGGGUGUGAAAAUCAUCCAGCAGUCUGAGCUCAACCCACUCCUCGUCGGAGCCACAGGAAACCCUGGGGCUGGAGCGAGUGGGGGAGUUUCCGCAGCUGCUUGCAGCCCCAGUUCUGUCAACACUACAGUUAGCACAGCAGUGACGGCGGUAGCCUCUCCGACUCACGGCCCAAACACAACCCCCUCCCGUGCCCUCACCGCCAGUCCAGACUCUACCACCUCCCCGCCACCUGCUGUGACCAUCACAGCCUCUGUUGUAGCAGACCUCCCCACAGUGGCCACAGUGACCUCCACUGUAACUGUAUCUCCGGUCACCGUGGUGACCGUUUCCACAGUGCCGUCACCUGUGACAGCAGUGCAGACCUUGCCGCUGCUGCCUGCAGCCCUGCCUCACAGUGUGGCCCAGCCCACCACAGCCAUACCUGCCUUCCCCCCUGUCAUGGUGCCGCCCUUCAGGGUACCCUUGCCAGGCAUGCACAUCCCUCUACCAGGUGUAGCAAUGAUGCAGAUAGUAGGUGCGCCGUGCGUAAAGGCGGGCCCCAGCGCCAACGGUAUGCUUCCUGGUAUGGGCCCUCCUUUAGUUUCCAUGAUGCAUCCUCAGUUGGCUCUGUCCGCCGCUCCUGCUUCCAUGGCCGGAUCGUUGCACCUUCCUGAGUGGACCGAAUACAAAACAGCCGACGGGAAAACCUACUACUACAACAACCGCACACUGGAGUCCACCUGGGAGAAACCACAUUCCCUAUUGGAGAAAGAAAAAGAGGCAGAAAAGGUAAAGGAGCGAUUGGCCCAGGAGGAAGCUGAGGCGAUGGAACUGGAGGCUGAAGAGCUGAGACUGGAGGGGAUUAACGACAAGGAGGAGCCCAAAGAGGAGGAGAUGACAGAGGAAGAAAAAGCAGCUCAGAAAGCCCGACCUAUAGCCACCAAUCCCAUCCCAGGAACUCCAUGGUGUGUAGUGUGGACGGGCGAUGAUCGGGUCUUUUUCUACAACCCCACAACACGGAUGUCCAUGUGGGACAGACCUGAAGAGCUGGUGGGUCGAGCCGAUGUUGACAAGCACAUUCAGGAGCCGCCUCACAAGAGGGGCCUGGAGGAAAACAAGAAGACGGCAGUGAGUAAGGACGAUGCAGAAUUGGCGAUGGCCACUGAUGAUAUUCCAGAGGAAGAGCCGUCUAAAGCCAAAAAGAGGAAAAAGGAGGAUGUGAAAGAGACGGACACCGAGAAGGAAGCGGCGAUGGAGGCCGAGCUCAAAGCAGCCAGAGAGAGAGCUGUGGUGCCACUGGAAGCCAGGAUGACUCAGUUCAAAGACAUGCUGCUGGAAAGAGGGGUGUCUGCUUUCUCCACGUGGGACAAAGAGCUUCACAAGAUCGUCUUUGACCCACGGUACCUCCUGCUCAACCCCAAAGAGAGAAAACAGGUCUUUGAUCAGUAUGUGAAGACGCGUGCAGAGGAGGAGAGAAAGGAGAAGAAGAACAAGCUGAUGCAGGCUAAAGACGACUUCAGGAGGAUGAUGGAGGAGUCAAAGCUCACAGCCAGAACAACUUUUAGUGAAUUCGCAAUGAGGCACGGACGAGACCCUCGAUUUAAGUCCAUAGACAAGAUGAAGGACAGGGAGGCCAUCUACAUAGAAUUCAUCACUGCAAUGAAGAAGAGGGACAAAGAAGACACCAAGUCCAGAGGCGAGAAGGUGAAGCAGGACUUUUUUGAUCUCCUAACCGAGCAGCACAUAGAGACGGGCCAACGAUGGAGCAAAGUCAAAGAGAGGCUGGAGACCGACCCCCGGUACAAGUCUGUGGACAGUUCUGCACUCAGAGAGGAGCUUUUCAAACAGUACAUGGAAAAACUAGCAAAGAACGUGGACAUCGACAAAGAGCGAGAGUUGGAGCGUCAGGCUCGGAUCGAGGCCAGUCUCCGAGAGCGAGAGCGCGAGGUGCAGAAGGCCCGGUCGGAACAGACCAAAGAGAUCGACCGCGAGAGAGAGCAGCACAAGAGGGAGGAGGCCAUUCAGCAUUUCAAAGCUCUCAUGUCGGACAUGGUCCGUUCUUCAGAUGCAACGUGGUCCGACACGCGCCGUAACCUGAGGAAGGACCACCGCUGGGAGUCGGCGUCGUUGCUGGAGAGAGAGGAGAAGGAGAAGCUGUUCAAUGAACACGUGGAAGCUCUGGCCAAGAAGAAGAAAGAACAGUUCAGACAACUGCUGGAUGAGACUAGCACGAUCACUUUGACAACAACCUGGAAGGAAGUGAAAAAGGUGAUCAAGGAGGACCCUCGCUGUAUAAAGUUCUCCUCCAGUGACAGAAAGAGACAGCGGGAGUUUGAAGACUACAUUAAAGACAAGUACAUCAUAGCCAAAGCUGACUUCAGAACCCUGCUGAAGGAGACAAAGUUCAUCACCUACAGGUCAAGGAAACUCAUCCAGGAGUCGGAGCAGCACCUGAAGGAUGUGGAGAAAAUCCUCCAGAACGACAAGCGUUACCUGGUCCUGGAGUGCGUCCCCGACGAGCGGAGAAAACUCAUCAUGUUUUACAUCGACGACCUGGACCGCAGAGGGCCGCCACCUCCCCCCACCGCCUCCGAACCCACCAGACGAUCCACCAAGUGACCGGUCAGCAUCAGCGUCUCGACUGGUGUCCCAAUCCAACUGACCUACCCUCUGGCCGGAGCAUGACCUCACCCCCAGCAUCGUCUGAACCCCUCCCACCAGGACCACGGCUGGCUUUGCAGAAUUAUUGCUGGGGGUUAUGUUAUUAGAGAUGUAGCAUGGAGAUGAACAGUAAAGGUCUCUGUGUUAUGUCAUCCAUUAGCCCUGAAAUAGCCCUGCCCUUUAAGGCAAACGCAGGGAACAGAUGUCAUCUGAUCCUAAGGUGACCGUUGCCCUGCCCCUCACCUCUGACCUCUGACACUGGAGGAAGUGAGGGAAACUGAUGAGGCUGCCGCCUGAGCAGCCACAGAGGUGUAAGAUAACUGAUGUAAAUGAAGACGUGUGUGUGUGUGUGUGUGUGUGUAAUGGUGUGUUUGCGCGAAUGUGUGCAUGUGUCGGAGGCGUCCCGGAGCCUUUACUGCUCCACUGUGCCAUUUAUUUGUUCCAGUGGCUCAGUUUGAAUGUUCGUUUCUGCCCAGUGGUUUACUCUGAUGUUGCAACAUUUUCUUUGUUGGAUGAAAUAAAGGCAACUUCCACUGUUUUUUUCAACUCCUUAUCCUGUUUAUUCUGUUCUGAAGUUUUAUUAACAUUGUCAUUGUAGUAAUGUCCCAGUUAUAUGGAGGAAAAUGUCCCAGGAACAAAUACAUGUUAGUCUGCAGGGAUUUGGGUUUUUAUGUAUAAAAAGGUCUGAAGUAUGUUGAUUAUAUUAAAAAAAAUUAAAAAUCUAAAACAAAA